AUGGGAAGGACAUGGAAUGGACCUGGUGUCGGUCAUGGGAUUGACUGGGGCCGGAAAAACGUACUUCAUCAACCAACUCACAGGGCAAGGCUUGGCUGAAGGACAUAAUUUGGCUUCAUGUAGGUAAAUUCCCACGAUAGUAGAGAUAGACUCACAAUACGCACCAGGCACAGAAACUUGUCAAAUCGUCGCAACCAACAUCGGAAAUACUGAAUUCGCGAUUAUGGACUGUCCUGGUUUUGAUGAUUUUGAAGGAGAUCAGCGAACAGCUCUCUGCAAUCUGCAUCAUUGGUUUCAACUUGAAAGGAAUAAUCUACCUCCGUAGAAUCACCGACAAUCGGAUGGCUGGCUCUGAAGUCCGAACCUUAGAUUUCUUUCAGAAACUGGUAGGGGAAGAGGCUUUACCACACGUUGUGCUUGCAACGACGAUGUUGCAGAAGGUUGUGGAUUUUGAGGAAGCCAAUGAUCGCGACAGUGAGCUGCGAGACGAGUACUGGGGGGAAAUGAGAAGAAAAGGUUCCUCCGCUACGAGAUUUGAAGGAACGACAGAUUCUGCUCAGGGCAUUGUCUCGCAGCUGUUGGGGAAGAAACCCGUAGUUCUCAAGGUGCAGGAACAAUUAGUCGACCAGAGAAUGUCACUAAAUCAGACUGAAGCAGGUGCAUUCCUAGAACCAAAGAUCGGCAUCGAUGAAGAAAAGUUUCGAAAGCGGUUGAAGGAGUUGGACAUUGAGAUCCAGACGGAGAAGGAUGCCAACAAGCGAUUACAAGCGAAGCAGUCGGUUAGAAGAAAUGCGGCAGGUUUGAAGAAGAGGAUGGAGGAUAAGGAGACCAUCAAAUAAAAACCUGGAUUAGAAGUUCAGAACAGGAUGAGCAAACUCAAGGAGGGCACGAGAAAAUACGGAAAUCGGCGGCUCAAGGUCUUGCUGCUGUGUGUUCAAUUACCUUGACACUUGUUACAUUCCUUAUUUAGGUUGAUAAACAAAAUGGAAACAUAAUACUCG